CUUGUUGUCAAAGCUUCCAUACUAAGCUUCGUAUCCAUCCGCGUACUUGAUCAAAGCACGGACAUCAUACACACAGCAAUCAGAUGCUUAGUGCCCCACACGAUCGGAAUCUUUCGGGUGAUGAAACACGUCUCUCUUUGCUGUCUUGCGAAGAUUCGCCACCCUGGUCUAAAAGCUAUAAAGAGAGACUCCGUCCGACGCCAAACCUUCUUUUUUUUGACACCACACAACUUCCCUUAACAAUGUUGCGCUCGCUCACUGCCACCCACCAAUUGAAAAACAUCUCUGCUCGCCAAGUUCGUUCUUUGAGCUCCACUGUCGCUGCUCUGCAAAAGUUCCGUUCUGAGCGCGACACCUUUGGUGACCUUCAGGUUCCUGCUGACCGUUACUGGGGUGCCCAGACCCAAAGAUCGUUGCAGAAUUUUGAUAUUGGUGGUCCCCGUGAGCGUAUGCCCGAACCCUUGAUCCAGGCUUUCGGUGUUCUUAAGAAGGCUGCAGCCACCGUUAAUAUGACCUAUGGUUUGGAUCCUAAGGUUGGCAAAGCCAUUCAGCAAGCUGCCGAUGAGGUUAUCGAUGGCACCCUUUUGGAACACUUCCCUCUUGUCGUCUGGCAAACUGGUUCUGGCACCCAGUCCAACAUGAACGUCAACGAAGUCAUUUCGAACCGUGCCAUCGAAAUCCUCGGUGGUGAGCUUGGCAGCAAGUCGCCCGUUCACCCCAACGACCACGUCAACAUGAGCCAGUCGUCCAAUGAUACCUUCCCCACUGCUAUGCACGUCUCUGCUGUUGUUGAAAUCACCCACCGUUUGUUGCCUGCCUUGACUGAGCUGCGUGAUGCCUUGAAAGCCAAGCAGGACGAAUUCAAUCACAUCAUCAAGAUUGGCCGCACUCACUUGCAGGAUGCUACUCCCUUGACCCUUGGUCAGGAAUUCUCUGGCUACGUCCAGCAGCUCACCUACGGCAUCGAGCGUGUUGAGAGCACCCUUCCUCACUUGUAUAACCUUGCCCAGGGUGGUACCGCCGUUGGUACUGGUUUGAACACCCGUGCUGGUUUCGAUGAGAAGGUUGCUGCUGCCAUCGCUCAAAUCACCCAGCUUCCUUUCAAGACUGCUCCCAACAAGUUCGAAGCCCUUGCUGCCCACGAUGCCGUUGUUGAGGCUCACGGUGCUUUGAACACCGUUGCUGUUAGCUUGAUGAAGAUUGCUAACGAUAUCCGCUUCCUCGGCUCUGGCCCCCGUUGCGGUCUUGGUGAACUCUCCUUGCCCGAGAACGAGCCUGGAUCCUCCAUCAUGCCCGGCAAGGUCAACCCCACUCAGUGUGAGGCUAUGACCAUGGUCUGCGCUCAGGUCAUGGGUAACAACGUUGCCGUUUCUGUCGGUGGUAGCAAUGGUCACUUUGAAUUGAACGUCUUCAAGCCCGUUAUGAUCAAGAACGUCUUGCAGUCCGUCCGCCUUUUGGCUGACGCUUCCAACUCGUUCCGCAAGAACUGCGUUGUUGGCAUCAAGGCCAACGAGAAGAAGAUCAACGACAUCAUGAACGAAUCCCUUAUGUUGGUCACUGCUCUUAACCCCCACAUCGGUUACGAUAACGCUGCCGCUUGCGCUAAGAAGGCCCACAAGGAAGGCACCACCUUGAAGGAGGCUGCCAUCUCCCUCGGCGUCUUGACUGAGGAGCAGUUCAAGCAAUGGGUCCGCCCUGAGGACAUGAUUGGUCCCAAGAACUAAGUAAAAAUUGUAUAGAAUUAUCUUGUUUUCCCCCUUUUCGUUCAUCGUUUGGACAACUCUGUAGAAAUAAUAAAAAAAAAGGGCAACAGCAAUAGCUAGCCCACCUUUUUUGGAUAAGAAA